AGCGUACAGGCGCUGCAGCCAAGACUGGAGGUAGUGCCCAUGAGAAGAUACUGGCUGGAAUGCCCCUGCGCUGCACUUCAGUACUUGCUUGCAUGGCUCCCAAUUCCCUACAGCUGACAGGCGGCUUGUAGUAGUAGGGUCCCUAAACGAAAGCGGAUACGCGUUUCCGAAGGAGACUGAUUGUGUCCCAGCUAAUAACACAUCUGAAACUGAGAUGAACCUCUACUGAGAUAUGCAAUAUGUCUUUUAAGAAAGAAACCCCGCUUGCCAAUGCUGUAUUUUGGGCUGCAAGGAAAGGGAACUUGGCUGUCCUGCAACUGCUGUUAAACAGCGGGCGUGUGGAUGUAGACUGCAAAGACAGUCUUGCUACUACUGCUCUGAUGGUAGCAUCCUACAGUGGCCAGUGUGAUUGUGUCCGAGAGCUGAUCAUGCAAGGGGCAGACAUCAACCUUCAGAGAGAGACAGGUGCCACUGCUCUGUUUUUUGCUGCACAGCGAGGGAGCAAUGACAUUGUGAAGCUUCUUUUUGAGUUUGGGGCAUCAACAGAAUUCCAAACCAAAGAUGGGGGUACUGCUCUCUCAGCAGCCUGUCAGUAUGGACACUCGAAAGUGGUGGAAACCCUGCUGAAGAAUGGCUCUAAUGUUCACGACCAGCUACAUGAUGGUGCAACUGCUCUAUUCCUUGCUGCGCAAGAAGGUCAUGUGACUGUAGUUCGUCAGCUUAUGUCAUCAGGUGCCAGGGUAAACCAGCCAAGGGAGGAUGGGACUACUCCACUAUGGAUUGCUGCCCAAAUGGGACAUAAUGAAGUUGUGAGGGUUCUGUUACUCCGUGGGGCUGACCGAGAUGCUGACAGAAAAGAUGGCUCCACACCUUUGUUUAAAGCUGCAUACAAAGGACACACAGAUGUUAUAGAGGAGCUGCUCAAAUUCUCGCCAUCGCUUAGCCUUCUGAAGAAUGGGUCCACAGUUCUCCAUGCUGCAGUUAUGGGAGGAAAUGUAAGAUCAGUGAUGCUGCUGCUAGGAGCUGGUGCUGACCCUACAUUAAGAAAUAAGAAUAAUGAACUACCAGCAGAUCUUACAAAAAAUGAACGGAUUCUUAGAGUUUUAUGGACUAAAGACACAAAUAGAAACAGCUGAGGACCCCAACGCAGAGUCUUCUUCAGUGGGCUCUGUAAUCCAUGGAAAGCGCUGGCUGUCUUUUUAGAAGUCACUAGAAACCAAAAGAUGGCUUUUUCAGGCGGAAACAACAAAAAGAAGAUUCUGGAGCUUGCUAUGAAUAAAAAAUGUUUGCAAAACACUAAUAGCCAUAAGGACAACAAAAAUCCAAAAAGUAACAACCAUGCCGGGGUCUGCUGAGUGCAUCUAAACAGUAGUAUAUCUAAAUACCCUUAGAAAAGUUUCACUGUUAUAGGUUGGUCUGUCAAAGUCUAUUUCUUUUAAUGAUUGAAACAAUGGCGAUAUUUAGAUUCACCACCAUUUAGAUCAAUUAAAUAGACCUCACAUUGUGUGAUAUGAAGCAAAAUCCAAAAUUUGGAGUUGUUUGUUCUCUUUAUUUGAGGAGCGAUCGUAACUAUGCUGCAAUAUAUAUAUAUAUAUAUAUAUUUUAAUAACCUCCUUUUUCCCGGUGCUGUACAUUUCUAAAUCUUUUGGAAAUUCUCACUGCUGCAUUUGUAAUCAACGUGUGUCUGUUUGCUAAGUAAAACACUGAACAUGACCCAAGAUUUCUUAAACGGCUGUGCUUUGAAAAGCAAAAUUGCAUAACGUAUGCAAAGGACAACGAGACCUCUGUGCUUGCCGUAUAAUCUUUAUGAUUCUAACUGGCAUUAUAUUAAUAAUUUGUCUUAAAGUGUUUUUUUGUUUUGUUUUUAUUAACUUUUGUUUUUUGUUAUGGGAAUUGUUCAUUAUUUUUAUAUAUGGCUGACUCAAGAAGAUGUUAAUUUUAGUUGAUAACUUUACUCACUGUGAUGCCCACCUUGAGAUACAGUUAGUCCCAUCUUCAAUGAGGACAGUUAAGCUAUAUUUAGCAACCCAUACAACCACUUUCACAAAAACCAUUUAAAGGUGUCAUGCUCACUCACCGUGUAGGUGUUUACUGUUCUUUAAAAUGUUAUAUACAAUAUAAAAAUUGCAUUUGAAAAAAUUCUGUUUUGCUUGUAAGUGCUUACUCUAUGUCAGUUUGCUUCCUCAUAAGGGGCAUAGAAGCCUAAUACUAAACUUGUUAUAUUCAGCAGUAUUUCAUAUUGCUAUUACAUAAAUUAUUGCAAUGUACUGUAUUAAACUACUGUAAAAUAUAGUUUAGUAUGGCUGUGCUAUUAGUACUGCAAUUAAUAUUUUACAGUAUUUGCUAUGUAAAUAAGCUGCAGUAAAUUGUGGUAUAAUGUAGUAAAAACUGCACUAAACAGUGAUGUUGUACUUUCAACCAACCAUACAUAUGAAAACAGAAAGCAGUUUUUACUAUAGUACACUGGUUUACAGCUGUGAAGUUUAGCAUUGUCAUAAACUGCUGAUUUACUACAAGAUACUCCAUUUCAUUAUUAACCACAGUGCUUACAGUACAGCACACAUUGUUGCAGGAUUUUACAAGCUACUGUAAAUUGAAGUGCUGACUGCAGUAAAAAUGAUUUUAAAAUAAAUAAAUAAAUAAGGGUAUGUUCUCACCUUUUAUAAGCACCAGCAACAACAUUAACACAUUGCCACAGGUUCCUGUGUUGGUCUAGUGAAUAUUUUGGUUGUGUGCUCGUUUUUAAAUUGAAGAGAUUUUUCUAAUUCACCUUUGCCUAACUCUUGUUGGACGACAGCUGUUUUGCACACUUCAGUGAGGUGUGUGCUGUAAAGAGAGACUAUGUUCAAAGUUGGGAGGUGUCCAGCUUUAGCUGUGUAACAGGGAUAGAUGUAUCAGCAGUACCUUUACAGGAGAUAGGCCUCAUUGUACAAUUGUACAGUGAUCCCAUUCAAAAACCCCACCCUGCUGCACCUACAAUCCAGAACAGAAUUGCUGUCAUUUACAGUAUUACACCCCUUUACACCACG